GCGGCUUCUCAGCGUGUGACACGACUCUCUGCGAGUGGGGACACGCUAUGCCGCGGCUAUUCUCGAUUUUUUCACUUCUUUGAGAUUUUGCAGAUGUAGGUCUCAUAAUUGCCAGUGAUUGGACCACCUAGGGGGUUAUGUGUUUGAAAGUUUAAAUGGUGAAGAGGUAAUAACACAGUGUCAUGGGGCUGCUGGAUAAACUGUCGGGCUGGCUCGGCCUGAAGAAGAAAGAGGUCAACGUUUUGUGUUUGGGGCUGGACAACAGCGGCAAGACCACCAUCAUCAACCAGCUGAAGCCGGCUAAUCGUGCGAAUCAUGUAGGCCCAUUGUCAGAGGAGUGGAAACAUGUUAGUCAGACCCAGGCACAAGAAAUAGUCCCAACAAUUGGCUUCAACAUUGAAAAGUUCAAGAGUUCAAGCCUGUCGUUCACAGUGUUUGAUAUGUCCGGGCAGAGCAGAUACAGAAACCUGUGGGAGCAUUACUACAAAGAGAGUCACGCCAUCAUCUUUGUCAUCGACAGCGGAGACAAACUGAGGAUGGUCGUUGCCAAAGAGGAGCUCGAUAUUUUUCUCAACCACGAGGAUAUCCGCAGCAAAAGGAUACCGGUAUUGUUCUUUGCUAACAAGACGGACCUACGGGACGCCAUGUCUUCUGUCAAGGUCUCACAGAUGUUGUCGUUGGAGAACAUCCGAGACAAACCCUGGCACAUCUGUGCCAGCAAUGCUAUCAAGGGAGAGGGCCUCCAGGAAGGGCUGGACUGGCUGCAUGAGCAAAUUGCACAAUCACAUCAAAACAAUGAACAAAUGAACGACUGAAAGUUUUGUGACCGGGGACGAGUCGUGGACGAGUCGUGGACGAGUCGUGGACGAGUCGAGGACGAGUCGUGGACGAGUCGUGGACGAGUCGUGGACGCAGUGAUCUCAGUCUCAUCCACCUCACGAAGUAUUAAUCACACUUGAUGUUGCAGGCCUUAAUCUUCAAUGUGAAGUAGCCUAGUACUUCCUGUUCAUGCUAAAAGUUUGACACCAUGUUUCUUUAAAAAAGUACUAUAGUAUAAUUUGUAUGACUACUGUGUUUAAAGUUAAAGCUCUAUGUUGUGCUCACAUGACAGAGUAAGCAAAUGUAAACAGUCUGAUUGUAUUGCUUUUAAAUAAAAACAUUGAAAAAUGUUAUUCAUAACAUUUCCUGGAACUCCUUUUUUAUCCCAUGACACAAUUGAUUAAUUUCUUCAACUUAUUUAUUUUAGAUACUAAUGUCACCACUGAAUAUUGUUCUACCUGGUGGAUGUAAAAAUAUGUGCUUGCUGUGUUUCUGUUUUUUCAAAUGAAGACAAAUUAGAACUGAAAAUAUAUACAUUUAUUAAACUAUACAAAAACAAUGUUAUAACUGUAUCACAACUAUAUUUACACAGAGAGGAAAUGUGAAUAAAUA